GAUUGCCCACAAUGCUCAGAGAGUCAGAGGGAGGAGGUGGAUGGUAAGAACGAGGAGCAGAGGAGGCGCGCCAUAGAGGGAGUGGUGGACAUCACAAAGCUCUGCCUGAUGGAGAUGAACCAGAAGGGAAUGGCUGACAAACUGUUGAGCGGAUCUGCUGCUGUCGAGUGCCAACAUAAAAUCAAGUCCCAUUUGAAGAAGAAGUUCUGGUGUGUGUUUCAGGGAAUCGCUAAAGCAGGACAUUCAACACCUCUGAAUGAGUUCUACACGGAGAUUUUCAUCACAGAGAGAGGCAGUGGAGAGGUCAACAAGGAACAUGAGGUCAGACUGAUUGAAACAACUUCCAGGAAACCAGUCAAGGAGGAAACACCAAUCAAAUGUGGAGACAUCUUUAAACCCUUACCUGGAAAAGAUAAACCAAUCAGGACUAUUAUGACAACAGGAGUGGCCGGAAUUGGUAAAACCAUCUUAACACACAAGUUCACUCUGGACUGGGCUGAAGAAAAAGCCAACCACGACAUACACUUCACGUUUCUCUUCACUUUCAGAGAGCUGAAUUUACUAAAAGGGAAAGAGUUUAGCUUGGUGGAACUUCUUCAUCACUUCUUUAUUGAGACCAAAGAAGCAGGAAUCUGCAGAUACGACCGGUUCCAAGUUGUCUUUAUCUUGGAUGGACUGGAUGAGUGUCGACUUCCUCUGGACUUCCAGUACAGUCCGAUCUGGACUGAUGUCACAAAGUCCACCUCGGUGGACGUGCUGCUGACUAACCUCAUCAGGGGCGACCUGCUUCCCUCCGCUCGCAUCUGGAUAACCACACGCCCUGCGGCAGCCAAUCAGAUCCCUGCUGAUUGUGUUGACAUGGUGACAGAGGUGAGGGGAUUCACCGACCCACAGAAGGAGGAGUACUUCAGAAAAAGAUUCAGAGACAAGAAGCUGGCCAGCACAAUCAUCUCCCACGUCAAGAAAUCCCCAAGCCUCCACAUCAUGUGUCACAUUCCAGUCUUCUGUUGGAUCACUGCUACAGUUCUGGAGGACUUCUUCAAAACAUCCCAGAUAGGAGAAGAGACGCCCAAGACUGUAACUCAGAUGUACAGCCACUUCCUGAGGGUUCAAUCCAUACAGGGGGACAGGAAGUAUCGUUCGAUAGCUGAAACAGAUCCACACUGGAGUUCACAGAGCAGGGAGAUCAUUGUUUCUCUGGGAAAACUGGCUUUUAACCAGCUGGAGAGUGGCAACCUGAUCUUCUAUGAGGUAGACCUGGUAGAGUGUAAAAAAUAUAUCAAUGAAGCCUCAGUGUACUCAGGAAUGAUCACCCAGAUCUUUAAAGAGGAGUGUGGGCUUUACCAGGACAAGGUGUUCUGCUUUGUCCAUCUGAGUCUCCAGGAGUUUCUAGCUGCCCUUUAUGUCUUUCGGUCCUUCAUCCACACUGGUGUCAAUCUGCUCUCAGAAGAACAACCAACCUCCGGUGAAGAUAGACUCCUCCUCUUCUACCAGAGUGCUGUGGACAAGGCCUUACAGAGUGAGAACGGACACCUGGACUUGUUCCUCCGCUUCCUCCUGGGCCUCUCUCUAGAGACAAAUCAGAAUGUCCUACGAGGUCUGCUGGGACAGAGAAGAAGUAGCUCACACACCAACAAGGAAACCGUGUCAUACAUCAAGAAGAAGAUCGAUGGAGAUCUCUCUCCAGAGAGAAGCAUCAAUCUGUUCCACUGUCUGAAUGAGCUGAACGACCGUUCACUGGUGGAGGAGAUCCAACAGUCCCUGACAUCAGGAAGUCUCUUCAAAACACAUGUCUCUCCUGCUCAGUGGUCAGCUCUGGUCUUCAUCUUGCUGUCAUCAGAAAAGGAGCUGGACGUUUUUGACCUGAAGAAAUACUCUGCUUCAGAGGAGGGUCUUCUGAGGCUGCUGCCAGUGGUCAAAGCCUCCAAAACGUCUCUGCUGAAUGACUGUAAUCUGUCAGAGAGAUGCUGUGAAGCUCUGGCCUCAGUUCUCAGCUCCAAGUCCUCUAGUCUGAGAGAGCUGGACCUGAGUACCAAUGAUCUACAGGAUUCAGGAGUGAAGCUGCUCUCUGCUGGACUGGGGAGUCCACACUGUACACUGGAAACGCUCAGGUUGAAUGGCUGUCGUCUAUCAGAGAGAUGCUGUGAAGCUCUGGCCUCAGUUCUCAGCUCCAACUCCUCUAGUCUGAGAGAGCUGGACCUGAGUACCAAUCAUCUGCAGGAUUCAGGAGUGAAGCUGCUCUCUGCUGGACUGGGGAGUCCACACUGUACACUGGAAACUCUCAGCCUCAAUGGCUGUCAUCUGUCAGAGGGAUGCUGUGAAGCUCUAGCCUCAGUUCUCAGCUCCAACUCCUGUAGUCUGAGAGAGCUGGACCUGAGUACCAAUGAUCUGCAGGAUUCAGGAGUGAAGCUGCUCUCUGCUGGACUGGGGAGUCCACACUGUACACUGGAAACUCUCAGGCUGAAUAGCUGUCACCUGUCAGAGAGAUGCUGUGAAGCUCUAGCCUCAGUUCUCAGCUCCAACUCCUCCAGUCUGAGAGAGCUGGACCUGAGUACCGAUGAUCUGCAGGAUUCAGGAGUGAAGCUGCUCUCUGCUGGACUGGGGAGUCCACACUGUACACUGGAAACUCUCAGCUUGUCUGGCUGCCUGGUCACACAGGAAGGCUGUGCUUCUCUGGCCUCAGCUCUGAGCUCCAACCCCUCCCAUCUGAGAGAGCUGGACUUGAGCUACAAUCACCCAGGAGACUCUGGAGCUGCGCUGCUCUCUGCUGGACUGGAGGAUCCACGCUGGAGACUGGACACUCUCAGUGUGGAGCACGGUGGAGCGUGGAGGCUGAAACCAGCACUAAAGAAGUAUGCCUGUGAACUCACACUGGACCCAAACACAGCCAACAGACGACUCUCUCUGUCUGAGGACAAAAGAAAGCUGACGCGGGUUGGAGAGGACCAGUCGUAUCCUGAACACCCAGAGAGAUUUGACCUCUGGCCCCAGGUGUUGUGUAGAGAGGCUCUGACAGGCCGCUGUUACUGGGAGGUAGAGAGGGAAGGACCUGUUUGGAUAGGAGUGACAUACAGAGGAAUCCCAAGAAGAGGACAGGGUGGUGACAGCGGGCUUGGAGAGAACAACAAGUCCUGGAGUCUUGAUUGUGAUGAUGAUGGUUACUAUGCCCGGUACAACAAUAGAGAGACAGACAUACCUCUCCCCCCCGCUGGCUUUACCAGAGUAGGAGUGUAUCUGGACCAGCCUGCUGGCACUCUCACCUUCUACAGAGUGUCCCCAGGUGGAGGAGGGUCCUCAGACAUACUGACACACCUCCACUCCUUCCAGUCCACCUUCACCCAGGAGGACCUCCUCCCUGGGUUUAGGUUAUGUGCAUUGUUGGAUGGGGCCUCAGUGUCUCUGUGUAAGUUAUAGUCUCUCUCUCUCUCUCUCUCUCUCUCUCUCUCUCUC